AGAUUCGGCCGAGAGAAGUCGACGAAAGCUUUCCGAGUCCAGGCCGGGUUUUCAGAAGCUGAACGGCGGAAGCACCGGCGGGCCGGAAGUUCCAGGGCCUGCCCUGAAGCGGGGAGGGGGGAGGACGGAGACGCGGGGCAGGAAUGGCGGCUCAAAUUCCAAUUGUGGCCACCACUUCCACGCCGGGGAUCGCCCGGAACAGCAAGAAGAGGCCGGCCAGUCCUUCCCAUAACGGUAGCAGCGCCGGGGGCUACAGCGCCAGUAAGAAGAAAAAAGUGUCCGCCUCCGGCUUCGCGCAGGGUAUCAGCAUGGAAGCCAUGAGUGAGAAUAAAAUGGUGCCCUCGGAUUUUAGCACAGGACCUAUGGAAAAAGCUGCCAGACCUUUGCCAUUUAAGGAUCCCAACUUUGUGCACUCUGGCCAUGGUGGUGCAGUUGCUGGCAAGAAGAAUAGAACCUGGAAGAACCUGAAGCAGAUUCUGGCUUCGGAAAGGGCAUUGCCAUGGCAACUGAACGAUCCUAACUACUUCAGUAUUGAUGCCCCUCCGUCCUUCAAACCAGCCAAGAAGUAUUCUGAUGUCUCAGGUCUUCUUGCCAACUACACUGACCCCCAGAGCAAGCUGCGUUUCAGCACCAUCGAAGAGUUUUCCUACAUUCGGAGGCUGCCGUCCGACGUGGUCACUGGCUACCUGGCCCUGAGGAAGGCCACCAGCAUCGUUCCCUGAGCCUGGAGGAGGGGAGUGAAGUGGAGAACUGUUUCAAAGGCAGACUUUGGACUCAAGAUUUUGUUUCAUGGAAACAAACUCAUUCUGCUGUCAAUCUGGAAAUGUCAGUGUUGUGCCUUGGAAAGAAUGUUUGGCUUUAAUUUAAGGGUUUUUUUUUCUUCUAUGUUUUCUUUCCAAGUGUGAUGUUUCCUGUUGAAUUAAAUUAUACUUCAGUUGUUGCCGCAAGUAAAGUUGUUUGACAAGAAAAUAUAAAAUUGUGCUUUUAAUUUAACCUAA